AUGAGCGCUCGAACGUGCAAGAAGGAGACCGGGCUGUCGCCGGUGGUGUACCGGAAGCUCGAGAACGUGUUCAAGGAACUCCAGACGCUCUUUCCCGCCACACCCUCCUGCGCAAUCGUCAACGCCCAAGGCGAACUGCUGUACGCGUUCGGGGAGGAGGCCAGCGCCGGGAUCCAGGAGGACAUAUGCCUCACGCUGCAGAAGCUCAAGCGCGCCGCCGUCAAGUUUGCCGAGACACAGGGCGAACACGAGUGCUCGCUGUUGCGGGUCAAGGGCACCAAGCAGAUCUUCUCCUGCUAUCAGAUCGGCGAAAACUUCAUGGCCUUCUUCACGCCGCUGCCCGUGGACGAGGAGGUGGAGAGCGUGCAGACAGAACUGAGGAUGCAGGCCCUCUGCGAAGAACUAAAGCUCAUGCUGCUUGACGCCAACAUCGCCAAGCCCAACUAA